GUAGCGAAAGUGAAAAUCGCUGUAUCCCAGCCCCAGUGCCUCGUCCUCACUCCAAUGAACCCCUCCUUGCGCUCCUGCCCAUUCUCUGAGGUCGUGCCGCUUUGGAAAGCCGAUGUCGCACGUGUUCCGCGGCCAGGAGUGCGCGGGGAGCCACGAAGAAGAUGAUAAGAAAGUAAGGAGGAGAGAGAAGAACCGAGUUGCUGCACAGAGAAGUCGGAAGAAGCAAACGCAAAAGGCAGACAAACUUCACGAGGAAUAUGAGUCUCUUGAGCAAGAAAAUACCUCCCUGAAAAAAGAAAUCGGAAAGCUAACAGAUGAAAUGAAACACUUGAGUGAAGUUUUGAAGGAUCACGAAAAGAUCUGUCCUCUAUUGCACUGCACCAUGAACUUUGUGACCGUGCCAAGGCCUGAUGCACUCAGCAGCUGCCUGCCCAGAUGAGACAUCUCCUCAACCUGUGUGAUGUGUGAAAGUGCCAGUAAAAUGGGAGAUGUGAAGAACUGCCUGCUUAAGGUGCAGAUCUACCCUUGAAGAGGGCUGGACUUGCCCACACAGCUGUUCUCCACGUGUUUCGGUUUUCUGAAUCUUGGGAAAGCAUCAGUAUAGGAAAAAAGACAGCUUGAACUACGACUGCUUUCUGUGGUAGAAUCUCCGAGCCAUGGUUUUGCGUUCAGAAAUAUCAUGGUGCAGUGCAGCCCACCAUCACCCAAUGGAAUGUAGACCGGGAAAAGUACCAGCGUCGGGCCGAGAUGCCUUUCUCCCACACGCUCACCACUAGCAACCCUUUGUCAGUUGUCAUCCUUUUGUAUCAGAUUCUGGCUGCUGUUUUGGUUGUUUUUUGGUGUUGUUUUUUCCUCUAAACAGAUUUGGCUAAUAAAAAAAUGAUGGCAUGUUCUGUCUUUAUGGUGUUCUCCACCUUCAUCAAUAUCCAGUGCCCUUACGGCAUCUCUGCUCUUUGUUUGCUGGCCAAAUCCAAUGGUCUAAUGGUAAUAAUCUUCCUGUCAGUUGUUUUAUUGUUUGCUUAUCACUACUUCAUUAGUCCUCCUUUUCAAAUGCAUGUAACAAAUAAUUUUUCCCAGUCUUCAUUUCUAUACUCUUCCAAAUCAUCAGCUCUGCCAACGUCAAUACUAAAAACUUUUUCUGUCUCAAAAUAUGGCUCAGCCAACUUCCAAUAAUGGCUGCCUGCUUUGUAUGGAGGAAAAGCAAAACAGAGUUUGCUUGUUUUAUACAUUGUUUUAAAGAGCAGAUUAUAAAAUUUAUUGGUUUAAUGCACCACAGCCACUGGAAAUGAACUGGAGGGUUAUUUGCAAUUGAGGGAAUUGUUUGGAUUUUUUUGGUGAUGCAGUAUCUUUAUCCUUCAUCUUGAAUAUUGCUUCUGUUAAUGAUAAGUGAUAGAACAAGACUCUUAGGCUGAAUGAUUAGUUCCAUAUCCACGUGGCAUGAUUUAUUGCAAGAAAAACAUUGUUUUAUUUCAUCUUCAACUUUUUUUUUUAACAAAAAG